CCUGAUUCACUGAUUUGACGCUGACGGCAGUGGGCGGGCGCAAGUAAGAAAAUUAUAAGGUCAUUUGAAUUACGCCUGCUAGUGAGCUUAUCGGCUACAAUGAAGCCAGUGAUUAUUUAGAUGAUUAUGACAAUGAACGGAUGAUGAUCGCGGGAUCAAAGUCGACGGAGACUGCCAGGCGAUUUCGAAGAAGGAGCAGCGGGUCGUUGUGAUAUUAACAAAGAGGGGGGGGGAUCCCAGUGCUUGUGUCAGCCCGUGUGCGUUUCUCUGUCAAGCCGACCGAGCGGCGGUGAAGAGCGGAGGGAGGGAGAGAGUGGGGGGGCGACCAGGCUAGCCUGUAAGCCGAUCAAGGUGGAAUUGCACACAACGACUUUCACGUUUGGGAUUUCUGCGCACCUGCAUGCUGUGAAGGAGGUGCAAGGAUGAUGCGUCUAGCAUGCUGCACUGCCCUGCUUUUUGUGUUGAGGCUGCUGGUGGGCUUGCCCUGGUACCAGGUUCUUCCAGCCAUCCUGAUCUUCUAUCUGGGAAGUGGAGGAUGGAACUUCCUGGAUAUCUUUGCCAAAACAGUUGGCAGAGACUUACAUGCAGCCAGUGUUUUACUGCGGGUGAAACUGAACGUCAGGCGCCACCUCAGAGAGAAGAACACUAUUCCCAAGAUCUUUGCUGAAACGGUGCACCGUCAUGGGGACAAAACAGCGCUCAUCUUCGAGGGCACUGGGGAGAGAUGGACUUUCCGACAGUUGGAUGAAUACUCCAACAGAGUGGCUAACCUGCUACUGGAAAGAGGCUUUAAGGAAGGUGAUGUGGUGGCCCUUUUCAUGGAGAACAGAUCGCAGUACGUGGGCAUAUGGUUGGGCAUGGCUAAAAUUGGAGUAGAAGCAGCUCUCAUCAACUUCAAUUUAAGACUAGAUGCUUUGGUCCACUGUGUCACCAUCUCCAAUGCCAAGGCUGUGAUCUUUGGUUCAGAGCUAACUGAUGCUAUGUCUGAAGUCCAUAGUUCAAUGGGGAAAGCAGUGCAGAUGUUUUGCUCUGGAGACUGGGAUCCCAAACGAGUCCCACAGGGAACAGAGUGCCUCGAGCCCCUGGUGGCUGGUGCCUCUUCUCAUCUACCCCCUCGGCCAGAUCGCAGUUUCAUAGAUCGCCUGUUCUACAUCUACACAUCAGGAACCACUGGGAUGCCUAAAGCAGCUAUUGUUGUGCACAGCAGGUACUAUCGCAUGGCAGCUUUGGUGUAUUAUGGCUUUAGGAUGACAUCAGACGAUGUAUUGUAUGAUUGCCUUCCACUUUACCACUCUGCAGGAAACAUUGUGGGAGUUGGCCAGUGCCUAAUACACGGCAUGACUGUAGUCAUCAGAAAGAAGUUCUCUGCCUCACGGUUCUGGGAUGACUGUGUCAAAUAUAACUGCACGAUUGUGCAGUACAUUGGAGAAAUCUGCCGGUAUCUACUGAACCAGCCAGUUCGUGACACAGAGCGACAGCACCAUGUGCGCAUGGCACUGGGCAACGGCCUGCGUCAGUCCAUAUGGGAGGAAUUCAUGAACCGCUUCAACAUUUCACAGAUUGCAGAGUUUUAUGGAGCCACAGAGUGCAAUUGCAGUCUGGGCAACUUUGAUAACAAGAUGGGAGCGUGCGGCUUCAACAGUCAGAUUCUACCCUUCAUCUACCCCAUCAGACUGGUGAGGGUUGAUGAAGAGACCAUGGAGCUAAUUAGGGGACCUGAUGGUGUCUGUAUUCCUUGUAAACCUGGUGAGCCUGGACAGCUUGUUGGCAGAAUCAUUCAGAAUGACCCUCUACGUAGGUUUGACGGCUACGUCAGCCAAACAGCAACUGACAAGAAGAUUGCUCAUAGUGUGUUUAAGAAGGGAGAUAGUGCCUAUCUGUCAGGUGAUGUGCUGAUCAUGGAUAAGUAUGGCCACAUGUACUUCAAAGACCGAACAGGAGACACUUUCCGCUGGAAAGGAGAGAAUGUCUCAACGACCGAGGUGGAAGGAACUCUAAGCAGACUCCUAGAUAUGAAGGAUGUCGUUGUGUAUGGAGUGGAAGUACCAGGAGCAGAGGGAAAGGCUGGAAUGGCAGCCAUUGCCGAUCCAUCUCACUCCACUAACCUGGAGAAGUUUGUGAAAGACAUGGAGAAGGCUCUCCCUCCAUAUGCCAGACCUGUCUUCCUCCGUUUCCUCCCAGAGGUCAACAAGACAGGUACUUUUAAGUUUCAGAAGACAGAGUUGCGUCGGGACAGCUUUGAUCCCAGCGCAGUGUCAGGCAGACUGUACUUCCUGGAUUCCAGCAAAGGGCGCUACGUGCAGCUGGACGAGGAGCUGUACCGCUCCAUUCUGUCAGGGAAAUGCAAAUUGUGAUGACCAGGCUGACCACUACAUCAACACACACACACAUACUUGCGCACACACACACUUUCACACACAAAUACAGAAGACAAUAUGUGUGACCAAAUUAGAAGAUUUUGUCCCCUUAGUCACAAAAAAAAUACAUUACAAUAAAGAAGAGAAUAGCCAUAUACAGGCCAACACACACACGUAUUCCCAAAACCACUUUGCUCUUUAACAUCCUUAAUAACAGACUGAUGCACGUAACGCCCAAAAACACACACUCCACUCUGCCCGUCGCUCCUGAAUACUCCUCAACAACUUCUCUCGCUACCUCAGCAAACAAAGAGAGAGGCACAAACCUAGAAAGCAGGUCUGCUUGGUGACUUGAAGCCACCCUUCAUAACCACGCACUCCCUCGCCCACCAACAGAUCUCAUACACUCCCACCUGUAAACGCUGGUCCAUUAAACCACAGGUUAUUGCUGGCAUGAAGGAGGAGCAAGAGGAGAGGGAUAGGCUGCCUAGCAUCCAGGAUGCAAAAACUUGACACUCCAGAUAAACACAGACUUAAAGGAUGCUGAUGAAGAACAUGGAUUAAGUACAUUAAAUAUGUGAGAUAACAGAGGGACCUACUUGGACCUAAACUAUCUCUCUGUUCAUUGUUCUGUUAGUGAGAUUGUUUUGUGACAGACUGAAGCUACUGCUGUCGACUUAACCUGCACAAUUAGCCAGUAGUGACAAACAUGUGGAAUAGCUACAUACGUCCUGUUUUAGGUCAAAUGUAUCAAAGUAUUUCCUUUAACUCUCAACUCUUUGUCUUUUCUUUUCCAUUCCUGUUGUAUUACAGCAAUUCCAAAGGCUUUCUUUCUUUCUUUGCUUUUUAAAGACCAACAUAUUUGACCUGUAACAGAAGUAAAAACAAAGUCCAGUGGUUGAAGGUGUAAAUAGGGCUCUAGCAAUUGCAGUGCAAUAAUUAUCCACAUCGGAAAUGAAGAAAAACAAAGCUUUUUAUUUAAAUGUCUGAGAUACACCAAAUAUAUUUAAGUUGUAGUUUCUACAUAUUUAAGAAAAUACAGACAUUAAUUUAUUUUGUUAAAGUCUUUCUGUUGUCUUUUUUCUGCUUUGUGUGUAUCCAAAUCUGUGCUUCAAUGGCUUGGGGAGUCCUCCUUAUAUCAGCUGUUAAAACACAGUCAUGUGAUCAGACUGUUUCAACCCUGGACUAAAUACAUGGAGCUAUUUCCAUAAACAGGACUUGUUCACAUACUGAGCACGAGUCCAGUAUUGCUGUGUGGCUGUUUUGUGCAGGUUUUGUCCUGAAAGGUAGACUUUGCCUAUAUUAGGGUGUGUAUAUUCUUUUAAAUUAUAUAAAUUUGAGUGAAGUGGCAAAAGCACCUGAUCAGUGAGGAGUUCAUCUGGUGCUAAAAGGGAUGUUCUACCAGUUGAGGGAAUGCUGAAUGAUCCAAAGAUUCAAAGGCGGGAGCAGGAACAUUUGAACUGGAAGGAGUGCAUCAACAUGGAGCAGUAGAAGAAGAGAAGACAACAUGCUUUGUCAUCAAUGUUAUUGUCUGUUGUUUGCAGUAGAUGUUCUCUGAGGUUGUAGCAGCAUGAAUGAGCAUCAUCAACCACAAGCAGAGCACUGUGCCUUACUGUGAGUUCACCUCCCAGGUUCACAGGCCCUGGCCCACACGCUUCCUUUUGUUGGACUUCAUCUUUCACUCUCUGUUGGUGUCCGUCUUCCAUGAUCUAAUUUUGUCUGCCUCCGAAUUACCCGACAUACUAGUCAUGCAAAUCUGGCGCGGAUCACAGGAGCUCCGAAUAGUUUCCUGAAAAUUGUCUGAUAACUAUUCACGGCAGCCACUGGACUGGCAUCUUUAUCCUGCCAGGUGCAGGAAGGGUUUGUUUUUGUCAUUGGGCAGGGGUCCAAUUUCCCAAGCCUGCCGUGAUAGCAAUUCCAAUGACCAACCUAUACUUCUUGUUUUUAAACUCUUCUGUUCUUUUAGUCCUAAUUGUAACUUUAACAUGUCUGCUAACAGUUUUAUUUGCUUUGUAUUUCUUUCUUGGGUUGUCAUAUAGUAUUUUACCCGAGUUUCUGUUUGCUCAGCACUUUUAUUUUAAGCCUUUAUUGUACUUUCUGCCAACCGGCCCAUUCCUUUCCCUUCAUCUCUUCCCCGUUCUCCUCUCCCUCCAAUCCCAACCGUUUCUCUCGGGUACUCAUUUCCUGCUUCAUGUUAUUACUGAUUCAGACAUUUGUUCAAAACAGAAAAUCUGAAUACAUCUCACAUAUUUCCUAAGUUCCAAAUUGCAACUUGAUGGUUUUAUUUAGUUGACUUUUAAGAUGGUUCAGAAGGUCUCAUAACAUGACGUUCCAAACAAAUGCUCAAAACCUUUUUCAAAUAUUGUUUACCAAAGUGUGUUGUUUGUAGUCUGCCAUUACCCUGUUUGUGUGUGUGUGUGUGUGUUUUUGUUUUUCUUCUUACAUUGCAACUGAUCACAUCCUAAGUUGCCUACAUUACAGCAAGUUAUCUUUUUUUCAGCAGUUUAUGUUUAAACAUCUUUUCUUGAUUUAUGCAUUGCACUGAUUGACGCAGUUGACUUUGAUGGCUGCAGUCUGCUGACAGUGACCGUCAAAGUUGCUCUCAAGUGUGAUUUCCCUGUUUUGGGGGAAUAAAACAACAAAAACAAAGCCGUUCGACAGAUUUGUUUCUGCUUCCUCCGUCUCUCGCAUUAACUUGUAUUUAUUCUUUAAUGAUGAGUGUGAAAUGUUCUCAUGAAUGUAUGAAAAAGAAAAUAAGUGAGUGGUGAUGGUGAUCAUGUUCGGUAAAGUCUGAUUUGUAUAUCCAAAGGGAACUUGGUUUGGCUGUUAUGAUGCUUCUACCUGAGGGGUUGCAUUCGUCGACCCUGACCACCAGGGGGCGUGUGAUUAAACAGUCCCACAAAGAGCACUCUGAAGAGGAUGUUUCCAUUAUUCUUAAUGAGUUAAAUUAUUAUUUUUGAACAAUUGUUAAUUGAACUUUGAUUGUUUUACUGCUACAUCUGUUUGCUUUUGUGUUGUUUGUGUGAAAUCAUAGCUUUUUUGUGGUUUUGGUAUAAGAAAAGAGGAUUCAUGCAUUUUGAAAGACAA